CGCCAUCAACCCUACUACUUGAUCGUAACAAUGUCGGAGCCCAUUAUCGUCGAGACCCCCAAGGACACCCCGCGCGUCGCCUUCGCCAUCCAAAUGGACGAGAAACUGGGUCCUCACAUGGUUGAGCCCUGCACACCGGAAGCUGAUAACGCUUACACGAAAAUUGGCGACGACAUUGUUCUCGGCAUCGCGACGGGGUAUUGGACAGCAGACUUCUUUGCGUGCUUUGACCACCUCGUACCGAACGCCUUGAUGGCGACGCUGUGUCCGUGCGUAUCACUCGCGCAGAUUACCAGUCGUCUGGGCAUGGUGCCGUACUACACGUCGCUACUAUUUUUCGCGCUGCUCUGUAGCUUUGAGGUGGUCGCUGUGACGCUCACAAUCCAGCAGUUCAUCUCCGUGGUGAUCCUUGGGCACGACGUGAGCUACCACUACUAUCACGCCCACCGCCUCGAGGAUGCGCGACCGGCCGUCAACGCCGCUUUCCUGUCUCUCGCAGUGGUGGCCCACGCAGCCUUUGCCGCUGCGUUAUGGGUGCUUCGCAAGCGCAUUCGCAGUCAGUACCAGAUUCCCGGCUCCAGUGCGAACGACUGCAUGGCCGUGACCUGCUGUCCAUGCUUCUCGACGGCGCAGAUGGCCACACACAUCAAGAGCUACACGCCUGGUUCGUGCACAAUUGGACCAGUUGACACGCUGCCUUGCUAUCAGUGA